CAGGAAGGUCCCUGCAUUAUGAACUUAACACUUCCUAAGAUUAUGAAGUCUAGAGAAGAAAUCUGUAAAGAGCAGCUGUUAUAGGUUAGAUGUAAUGAGAAACAGCUACAGCAAGGAGAGCAUAUAUUGUUUCAUGUAUGGUGGUGUUCAGCCAUGACUGAUAGAAGAUGUGAUGCCUUUACAGAACUAUACAAAUUCAGAGAAGGUUUUAGUGGGUCCAUAUGGUGAGACAUACCCAGAAAGUCAUGAUGCAAACCAGGCCAUGAAUAUAAAAGCUGAGGAAGUCUCGGAUGCAGAAGAGGAAGUGGAUCCUCUGCAAAUGACAGUUCAGGAAGUAAAAGCUGAACCUGAGGGUAAUUUGAAUGAACUUCAACCCAUACAUGGUGAGGAGCCACGAUAUUCCUGUAAUGAAUGUGGUGAUUCAUUCAGUCAAGAGCAAAUUCUAAUAGCACAUCGAUGCAUACAUAGUGGGGAGUGGCCAUUUUGUUGCAGCAGGUGUAGUAAGUCAUUCAGCUGUAAGAGUCGUCUAAGGAAGCAUCAGCGCAUACAUAGUGGGGAGAGGCCAUUUAUAUGUGAUGUAUGUAAUAAGUCAUUCAUUUUGAGGAGUGUUCUGAAGAGGCACGUGCACAUACAUAGUGGCGAGAAGCCAUUUAGCUGUGAUGAAUGUAAUAAGUCAUUCAGUCAGCGGAGCCAUCUGAAAAGACAUCAGAGCAUACAUAGUGGGGAGCAACCAUUUUGCUGUGAUGUAUGUAAUAAGUCAUUCAGUCACCAGAGUCAUCUGAAAAGACAUCAGGCCAUACAUACUGGGGAGCAACCAUUUUGCUGUGAUGUAUGUAAUAAGUCAUUCAGUCACCAGAGUCAUCUGAAAAGACAUCAGGCCAUACAUACUGGGGAGCAACCAUUUUGCUGUGAUGUAUGUAAUAAGUCAUUCAGUCAGCAGAGCAGUCUGAAGAGACAUCAGCGCAUACAUAGUGGGGAGAAGCCAUUUUGUUGUGAUGUAUGUAAUAAGUCAUUCAGUCACCAGAGUCAUCUGAAAAGACAUCAGGCCAUACAUACUGGGGAGCAACCAUUUUGCUGUGAUGUAUGUAAUAAGUCGUUCAGUCAGCGGAGCCACCUGAAGAGACAUCAGUGCAAACAUAGGGGGGAGAAGCCAUUUUGUUUAAAUCAUAGACCAGCAGUGAUGGGUGUAGACUAA